CGCUCUCUGACGCUUCACACAACAGGGCGAGGAAUCAUGAGGGAGUUUGUUGUAACGCUGCUCAUUGCUGUCUGUUUUUAUCCCUCCACUGAACUGAAAGCAUGUGAUCUGAAUGAAUGUCUGACCUGUGAUUUAUAUCCAGCGUCGUGUCCAGCAUGCCUUCCUACAUCAGCCAACUGCAGCAUUGGUCCUCCAAACAACUGCAUCAUGAAAGUGUUAAAUAUAAGCACAGACCCUGAGUUACCGGUGCCGGAGGGAAACAGUGUGACCGUGAACUGCUCUGUUGACCUGCCGAACGCCUCCUACAGCUGGGUCAGAGAUGGAGAACUGCAAACUAAAGACAUCACAUCACUGUUACGCAUCUACACACUCCUGAAAAGCACAACCGUGGAGUGUCACGUCAACAGCAGCGUUUGUGGAGUCUUCAACAAUACUUUAACCAUUACUGUAGAAGCUGGUAAUUAUCUGGUGAUUAUUCUGGUGUGUGUCGGAGCCGCUGCUGCUCUGCUGAUGCUCUUCGCCAUCGGGAUGAAGAUCGCACUGAGAAGAGGACAAGUGAAGAGUCGAGCCAGAAAGAUGGAGAGACAGCAGCACAUGGAGAACAUCCACAGCACCGUCAGCACAGUCAACACUGUCAGCAGCUACUACUGACACACACACACACACACAGACAC